AUGGGUAAUUAAACAUCUUAUGUAAAUGAAUAAGUGAUUUCAAUGGAUGGCAAAUUAGAAGAUAAUUUAGAAUGCAUUGGAUCAAAGUAACACAAAUAUUUAGGAUAAAUAUAAUUAUGGAGAAGAGAUUCUAAGAGUAAGCCAACAAUCUUCUCAAAAGUAUCAAUAUUUUUAGUUUCUAAAGCUAUCACAUAGUGGUUAAAGACAUGAUAUCAAUGUAAAUGAACAUAAUGAUAGAAAAAAGGUAAACCAUCCAAAUAUAUUGUAAUAUUAUGGAUGUUAAUCAAAUUAUUUAACAUUCAAAGGUAAUAUUUAAUAAACAAAAUUCUUUUUUGAAUAUAUUCCAAAUACUUUAGAUAAUCUUAUAAAUUUUCACAAAAAGAAUUGUAGUUAUUUGGAAGAAUCUGAAAUUUGGAAAGUAAUUUAAUUGCAAUAAUUAGAUAAUUUUAUAAAUUAUUUCUGCAUGUUCAUUUUUGGAAAAGUUAGAUUUAUUUCAUGGAGAUUUGAAUCCAUAAACAAUAUUUAUUGAUAAUGAGAAAUAAAUAAAAAUAUUGGUAUUUAUUUAUAUUAAUAAAUAGUAUCAUAAUGCAUAUCCAGAAAUAAUUACAUCUUAUGCAAAAUUGUUAGCAUAUCAAGAUUAAAAUGUAUACAUUUCACCAUAAUAAUUGGAUGCUCUGAUAAAUUAAUCAGUGAGUCCAAAAGAUGAUCCUUUGAAAACAGAUUCAUUUUAAUUAGGACUCACAUUAUUAGAAUUAAUGACUAUGACAUCAAGUAUAGUAUAAUAGUUAUAAUGAGUUUUGGAAGAUUGUAUAGAUUAUCAAAGGAAAACAAUAUAUUUUAAAUCUAUAAUGGAUUUGCUAUCAUCAGCAAGAAAGAGAUAUUCUUAAUAACUUAUUAAUUUGGUAUAGAGAUUAAUUACUUUUGAUGAACAAUCAAGGCCAACACUUUCAGAUAUUCUGUUUGAUACUAAUUUAUAAUAAUAAGGUAGUACUUUUAUACCAUAAUCUAAAAUAAGAAGAUAUACUUCUCCUCCUAGAUAACCUGAAAGAACAAAUUCUCCUCCUCCUGAUAUGGGAUUGAGUAGUAAAUCCCCAGUGAUAAGAGAUUUAUCUAUUUAAUCUCAUUUUCGCACUCCAUUAUAAAGAAGUGUAUCUCCAAUUCUAGAUAAAUCUGGUAAAUAUUUAAGUCCUGCUCAAAGUAGAAAUACAACUGCAUUAAGUGCUUUUUAUAAAACACCAAAUAAAUAACCUAUUUUAAUUUCUACACAUACUCCAAAUUAAAAUGAUAGAGGAAGAAAAAUUCAUACUGUUACUGAAAAUUCUAGAAAUGUAUUAAUGAUUAGUAGAAGUCCUAUUUAGAAUUAAUCUAGAAAAACAUCGUUUUAAUUGACUUCUAAUCUUCAUCCAACUUUAAAACUCGUUAAUCCUUAAUAACAUUCACACUAUUUACCUCCAUAUUAAUAAGCAUUCUAUUAAGAUAAAAUUCAUUCAAAAUAAAAUCAAUAAGACUUUUCAUAGACUCUCUAACACUUUGUUUAACCUUAUUUUAAUAAUUAAGAAAACUUUAAUAAUACAUUACCUAAACCUGAAUCUGCCUAUUGUUCCAAACCAUAAGAAACAUAAUCAUUAUAAUAAUAAUCAUCAUUACAAUCAUAAAAAUAAUAAACUUUAUAAUAAAAUUAAUUUAUACAAUCAACUAAUCCACAUGGUAAAACUCCACAAAAAGUAUCUUAAAAGGGUAUUAAUUUACUUUCCCCUCUUUCAAGUAAUAAUAAAUGA